GUAAGGGCCAGUAACCGCUUCUGAGAGCCGUCGAGUCUAGCUAGGCUGAACUGAGGUAGAAGCUGCAGGCCGCGUCCAGCAUGCCGGGCAACAAGAGCCGUCGAGGGCGGUCCCGUCAUCGUCGGAGUCACCACCGCGGGCGCUCAGCCAGAGCCGAGCUGACGUUCUCAGUGAGCCAGAUGGAGCGCCUUCUGCGGAAGGGCCACUAUUCCCAGCGGCUGAGCGCCUCUGCUCCGGUUUUCAUCGCUGCCAUCAUCCAGUACCUGACAGCCAAGGUCCUGGAGCUGGCGGGCAACGAGGCCCAGAACUACGGCCGGAGGCGCAUCACCCCGGAGCUGGUGGACAUGGCGGUCCACAACAACGCGCUGCUUGGUGGCUUCUUCGGGAGCACCACCAUCUCUCAGGUCGCCCCGGGGCAGUAG